AUGGCUAAACUUUCUUUGCUUUUUCUUAGUUUUACCUUGCUCUCUCUCUUUGGAGGCUGCCUUGCCCAAUUGGGCAGCCAGCAACAAUUCCUAUGGCAGAAGUUGCAGCAGCAGCAGCAACACAGGCUGAGGGCCAAAACUGAUUGCAGAAUUGAGAGACUCACCGCUCAAGAACCAACUCGGAGGUAUGACUCGGAGGCUGGAUAUGCUGAGUACUGGGACCAGAACGACAAGCAGUUCGAUUGCGCCGGUGUUGCAGCUGUUAGGACUUCUAUUCAUCAAAAUGGCCUAUUCAUGCCUCACUACAAUAAUGUUGCUCAACUCAUCUAUGUAGUACAAGGACAGGGUCUUCUAGGAGCUGUAAUUCCGGGUUGUGCUGAGACAUUUGAAACAGAAAUGCAGCAGCAGCAGCAAGGAUCCGAGCAAGGAUCGGAAAGUCAGCAGCAGUUUUUCGACCGACAUCAGAAGGUUCGGCAAUUCAGACAGGGAGAUGUUCUUGCCUUGCCGCCGGGUAUAACUCUUUGGCUUUAUAACAAUGGACAAGAGCAGCUUGUUACUGUGUCACUUCUUGACACUGCUAACGAAAUGAACCAGCUUGAUCUCCAAUUCAGGAAUUUCUUCCUUGCUGGAAAUCGGAAUCCGCAACAAAGCCAAGGCCAGCAACAAGAAGAGAGUCAGAGCGAGGGUGAGAACCCAAGUAAAAACAUCUUCACUGGCUUUACUGAUGAAGUUCUGGCGGAUGUUUACAAUGUAGAGACAGAAACAAUUAGGAGAUUAAAAGGUGAAAAGGAUCAGAGGGGCCGAAUUGUGAAAGCUGAGAAGUUUAAUGUUGUCUUCCCACGGGAAGGACAAGAGGAGCAGCAGCAGGGCCAGCAGGGUCAGCAAGGCCAAGGAGGACGAAAUGGCUUGGAGGAAACUCUGUGCACUAUGAGGUUGAGGGAGAACUUAGCUCACCCAUCACGCGCUGAUGUUUACAACCCCCGUGCUGGCCGUCUCGCCACCCUCAAUAGUCAAACACUUCCCAUACUCAACUUUCUGCAGCUUAGUGCUGUAAAAGGCGUCCUGUACAGGAAUGCGAUAAUGGCUCCUCACUGGAACGUGAACGCCCACUCUGUAAUCUACAUAACCAGAGGAAGCACCCGAUUACAGGUGGUGGGUCACUCCGGGAAUCUGGUUUUCGACGGCGAGGUCAAAGAAAAGCAGCUGAUUAUAAUCCCACAGAACUUCGUCGUGAUAAAGAAGGCCGGCGAUCAAGGCUGCGAGUGGAUAGCUUUUAAAACUAAUGACAAUGCCAUGAUUAGCCCACUUGCGGGAAGGCUGUCUGCGUUCCGGUCGAUGCCGUUAGAAGUUUUGACAAAUGCAUAUCAAGUUUCGAAGCAAGAAGCCCAGUCUUUGAAGUUCAGUCGGGAUGAAUCCACACUUUUCAGUUCCAGUUCCAGUUCUUCCAGCAGGUCACUUGAGAAGCCCAAGGCCAUGGAAUAUGCUUGGGAUGUGAUUAAAACUGUAGUGUGA